AUGGCCCCAAAAUCGGAGUCGAACACCCUUCCCGCCAUUGCUAUCGUUGGGAUUUCUACUGAGCUUCCUAGUGGCCAAGUGCUGCCUGAAAACUUGGGUCAUUCCGCAUUUUUCCAGUUUCUCUUGGACAAGCGCCAGUCCUACGAAACGAUCCCCCUUGAAAGAUUUGAUAUCGACACUUGGUAUGGGAAGAAAACUAGCAACGUUGUCACGAAAAAGGGAUCCUUUUUGAAGUCUAUCGCCCUCUUCGAUCCUUUGGAAUUUGGCAUUUCCUCUAGAGAUGUUGCGGCAAUGGCGGUAUCCACGAGAAAACUUAUUGAACAUAGCUUUCUCGCAUUAUUGGACUCUGGAAUCCAUUACCGUGGACAGAACGUCGGAUGCUUCAUGUCUUCCACCAUGGAAACCACGUACACAACCCACCUGGUGAACGAGGAGUUGGCCGGGUCACUUGCCGGGUACCCGUACUCUGCCGCAAACAAAGUUUCCUAUCAUCUAGAUCUUCGAGGACCUACCAUUCCAACAACUACAGCAUGUAGCUCCACCGCAUCUGCCUUAUAUCUCGCUGUUCAGGCUCUCAGAGCCGGGGAUUGCGAGGCCGCCGUAGUCGGAGGUUGUCAGCUCAAUUACACUGUAGAGGAUUGGAUCCAGUAUAGCGAUGGAAAAGUCUUGUCCCCAGACGGAGAGUGCAAACCAUUUGAUGCUUCCGCAGACGGGUUUUCUCGUGGCGAGGGUGUUGCCGUUAUAGUCGUCAAAUUUCUGGACCAGGCUAUCUCUGAUGGUGAUCACAUCUAUGCUUCUAUUCUGGGCGUCGGUAUUAACUCAACUGGAUCCGCGGGUCCCGUCAGUGCUCCUGUUGCUGAUGCUCAGGCUGACGCUAUGCGGAGGGCAUUUGCCGGAACUGGUCGCAAACCUUCGGAGGUCGACUUUGUCGAGCUACAUGCUACAGGAACCGCUGUAGGCGAUCCUACAGAAGCCAACUGGGUUGGAAAGGCGUUCCAGCGAGACGAUACUUUACCUGUCGGAAGUGUCAAAGGCAAUAUCGGUCAUCUAGAGAUUACAUCUUUCUUUGCAUCAGUAUCAAAGGUCUGUUCAAUGUUUGAGACGAGGAUUAUCCCACCAACUGUCGGUAUCCGCACUCUCAAUCCGGCCAUUGACUCUUUGAGUAGGGAUGUGCACCGUAUCCGUACUACGGUGGUCUCCAUCAAUAGUUCUGGAAUUGGCGGUGCGAAUGGUCACGCAUUACUAGAAGCACCUCCAUCAGUCGGUCUUCCGACGAACUCUUCGAUAGAUGAUGGUCCCACCCUACUGGUUACUGGGGGAUUAUCGCCGCGAUCCGCCUCAGCUAAUACUGACUCCUUGGCUGCACUCAUCAAGAAGUAUCCAAGUCAAGCUCGGGCAAUUUCGACAAUUCAUGGAAGACAGGCUCGCCAAAUGACCUGGCGUACUUAUGGGAUAUACAAUCCCAAAGACUCCGUAUUGUCCUUCUCUCCUCCGGCUCUAUGUCCUCGUCAAUCGAGCCGUUCUCCUAUCAUUUUUGUGUUCUCGGGACAAGGACCGCAGCACAUCAACAUGGGUCGUGAACUCUUCAAGGCUUUCCCCGUUUUCCGGGACAGUGUCUUUCGAAUGGAUGCUAUUUACAAGAGUGUGGUAGGCCACUCCUUGGUCCUUCACACCGGUCUCUUUACAGAUGAAGCUGAGAAUUCUUCACUCAAAAACGGAACUUGGCCUAUCUCUAUUAUUAUCCCUUCGCUAGCCAUCUUGCAGAUGGCACUCGUAGACUUACUUCGAAGUGUUGGGAUUGUUCCUGACGCCGUAUUUGGACAUUCGGCUGGCGAGACUCCCAUGCUCUACGGUGCAGGUCUGGCAAGCCAAGAGAUGGCCCUCAAACUCGCCAUUGCCAGGGGAAGGGCCUUCACACUUGCUGAAGAUGUCGACGGUUGUAUGGCUGCUAUGAGCUGCAGCUCCGCUCAAGCAGGGAAAAUUAUUCAGUCUGCUAAGCAAGAUUCGUCUGCCACCUCUGUGCUCGAGAUCGCGUGUUUCAACGGACCCGAUGCCGUUACUAUUAGCGGUCAUAGGCUCCUAGUUGAACAUGCCAUCGAUAUAGCUCGAAGCAAGGGUAUCUUUGCUACGAAGCUGCGUAGCUCAGUGCCUGUUCAUUCUACCCUUAUGGACAUAUGCCAUGACGAAUUUCAGGACCUUGUUUCGCAGGUGUUUGAGGAGCAUUCGAUAGCGGCACCGUCUUUACCAGUUUAUUCAACCGUCACUGGUAAUCGACAGAGUGAAGCUUUUACGUCCCAGUAUUUCUGGGCGAAUGCCAGACAACCUGUGUUGUUCUCCUCGGCAGCAGCGUGCAUGAGGAAGGACCAUCCAGAUGCCAUAUAUGUGGAGAUCGGACCACAUCCUGUACUUGCCACCUAUCUGGAGGAUCCGCAAGUCAAAGCAGUUCUAUGCCCCUUGAUUCGGCCACGCUCUUCCACUCCCAGAUCUCCCUCGGAGGCGUACACUUUCCUGGAUUCUCUAGGACGAAUUAAUGUUUUAGCACCCAAACACUCUGAAGUCGACUUCAGACGACUCAAUAUGUAUCACGGCUCCUUGAAAAUUGUUCCUGCCAUCGUCUAUCCGUUCCAACGGAAGGAAAUACCCUAUUACCGAGGUUUAUCGAACCAAAACACUUCUCAAAGUCGCAUACGUGCUACGCGGAAUGGACCUUUAGGACAGAAGGAUAUGAACAUCAGUGCUUCAAGUCAUCCGAGCUUAAUCGAUCGUGUCAUAUGUGGUGAACCGGUCAUGCCUGCUGCUGGGUACAUCGAAAUGGCGUUCGCAGCAGGUGGUCGAGUCUUAUGGAAUGUCGCUUUCGAAGCAAUUAUGCCGCUUUCCAAGAACGCACGGCCGGUAAAGUUCGAGCUUGACAGCUGCCGAUGGACUGUUGUGUCUACUGUGAAUGGCUCAACGACUUCAGUAACGCAAACUCAUGCUCAAGGACAUAUGUCAAAGGCCAACAUAUUACGACCGCCUGACCUGGAUAUCAGCACCUUUCAGUCUCAAAAUACGCAACUGAGUGUAGAUAAUCUUUAUAAAGAGUUAUCGUACUUCGCACAGUAUGGGACCCUGUAUCAACGAGUGAAUGCCUGUUGGAUGAACGAGCGAGAGGGUCUAUUCCGGAUCAGGGGUGCCGACGAAGAGAUGAUUUCCGAAGGAUACGUUCUUCAUCCGGCAAUUUUAGACUCCUGUAUACAUUCUGCAGUGCACCAUCGGAUCACGGAGAACAUGGAUCCCAACUCGUAUUUUCUUCCGUCUCGAGUGGAAGUGGUGACUGUAUACGACAAACCGGAAGCGGACGUCCUCCAGAACGAUCUGUAUGCCAAAAUCAUUAGACAGAAAUGGAUGCCAGACGCCAUUGUCUUUGAUGUCAGCAUUGUGGGGGAACAUGGCCAACACAUCCUCAAAUUAUCAGGCCUUCAAGUUGAACGACAUCACCUAUCACCUGUGAAACCAAUAUCUCGAAGCUUCGACAUGGUCCACCAGCCAUAUGGACUACCGAAUCUGCCGUUACAUUAUCCUUCGGAGGCGAAGGGACCAAAACCUCAUUCUCCAGAACGCGACUCUUCUCACCAAACACCUAACGGUGACACUAGUCCACUGGAUCUCAUCCUUGCUCAGACUACCGAACGGCUACAUCGCGCUAUAGACCUGAUCGCUGACUAUGGUAUCCGAGUCCUCAGGAUCUUAGAUCUGACUGCGGAAGACUCUAUUUGUGGAACGCUCGCGUCGCAAGUUUUGCACCUGAUGAAUGAGAAGCAGGUGUUCCUCGAGUACUCCAGCGUUAGACCACUGCAAACGCCAUUCAACAGUUCGGACGGAUGUUCCUAUCACAAUGUCAGAAUUGAAUGGGAUAGAGCUAGGACAGACCAACACGACUCCUCUGUUUUCUACGACAUAAUUCUUGGCGUCGACGCCAACAUAACCCCUUCCCACAUCGACAUCCUGUACGAUCUUCUGGUUCCCGGGGGUAAAGUCAUUAUAAGCGUCGUGGACAAGGCACAGAAACCCCUCCUCAAGUUGGAGGAUUUAUGGCGGACGUCAAUACAAGAACACUUUCAUUCUUCCAAAGUAACGACAGGCGACUCUAUCCUGAUCGAAGCGCAGAAGAUCGUCUUACAGCUUCCCGACGUCCGUCGUGGCAAUUACAAUAAUCUGGCACCUUCGAUACUAUCAUUUUCCUUGGGCGGAGAGUUAGCUAUUCGUGGCGACAUUAUCCGGCUUCAAAGUUCAAACGCACCUGUAAUCUGGAUUGAGUCCACCAUGAAUAUUUCAGGCGCCGCCGCUCGCGGUUUCUGUCGAUCACUGAGGAGGGAGAUUCUGGGGACAAGAAUUUGUCUUGUGCUUUUUAACGAGAUAUGGUCGGCACCAGAGCGCGGAAGAUAUAUCCAUUGGCUGUCGCACAUGAAAGGCCUCGAGUACGAGUCGGAAUUCGUCGUUGAGAGUGACGGCCGACUCUUUCUUCCUAGAGUGGUUCCUUCUCCAUCGUUCAAAGUUCCAGAAACUUCAUCCGUUGAACUUGCCUCCAAGUAUUGGGUCGUGAAGGAUUCAGGUCAAAUCACCGAAUCCCCUCGUCCGCUUGUUCCACCAAACCACGUUCUUCUAUCCAUUGAGCUCGAAUCUGCACCUAUCGGUGGCCUACGGGGCGUGUAUGGAGAAAUCGUCGAGACAUGUAGUACGGAACAUCGUAUCAAGACCCAUGUUGCAGGUAUUAUCUCCGGGCCGCAAUCCAACUUCACUGUUGUCCAUACUGGGCAACUUCUUCCCAUCCCUCAACAGUGGAAGGACCGACUGGACGCGCUUGUCCCAAUUCUCAUUAUCACUUGCUGCAUCGGUUUCGGGUCACUGAAAGACCAUCCUCGAGUUCGGGAGCGUCGAGUAGUUCUCGCACUCAGGAACGGUGAAAAAUCGGAUCUCGGGCCCCGCCUUGUUCGCACGUUAGAAUUCUUUGGUGUCUCUACAGUCCUUGCAUUUGGCGAAGCUCCCCAACUCCUGGGCGUGGUAAAAUCAGGCGACUUUGUCCUCUCGGAUUAUGAUGAACACUGGGAAAGUGUGCGAAGCAUCUGCGAUUUUCUUGGCGCAUCAUUAUACUUUUGGGAUGACCCCGUGAGUGGAACAAGAGAAGAAGUCGGAAGGAAUCCGUGGGUCGUUUCUGAUGCCUUCAAAGAUGACUUUGAAUUUCCAUCACUGUUGCUGGUCCCACCUCGGACUCCUCUCAAUAUCGUUGAGACUAUGGAGCAGAAACUCGAUCCAUGUCUCCUACGUCCAGACGUAUUUUAUUUGCUACAAGGCGGAAUCGGAUCUCUUGGAUUACAGAUUGCUCUUUGGAUGUAUGAGAAAGGUGCCCGAAAGAUCGUACUGACAUCUCGUAGUGGAGGACGGGCGUUAUCCAAGAAAAACCCUGCAGCUUCUCGAAUUCUGUCCUAUCUUCAAGAACAGCCUAAUUUAGUAUUGCAUCUUGAAUGUUGUGAUGCCAGCUCCGUUUCAGACACACAGAGGCUACUGUCCAGGCUUCCAGGACGUAUCGGUGGAUGUAUUCUGCUCUCCGCCGUUUGGGCAGAUGGAGCGUACAUGAAACAUACUCAAGACACAUACUAUCACGUCUUUCCGGCCAAGAUUGAAGCAUUUAGAACCCUGGAACAAACUCUUCAGAUCAGAAAGCUUGACUUUCUAGUAACACUAUCGUCUGUGAUCAUCUUUGGCAAUUCGGGACAAACCAAUUACUCUAGCGCCAAUACUGCAGUCGACUUUAUGACGAAAGAUUACCCUAAUGCGUUUGCAUUGGUAGCUCCGGCUAUCGUUGACAGCGACACCGUCAUCGACCCGGACACCUUGCUUCCUAACCCGUCUUUGACUCAAUUGGUGCCAUGGGCGAUGUCCAGCCGACAAUUGUGCGAUUGCCUGGAGGACGGCCUAAAGAGGUUGCAUAGUCAAGCAUUUUGGCUCUACAUCCCGGAUCUCUCUUGGACAGACGUACAGACGUUAUGUGGGUCAUCUCCCAUAUACAACCAUCUCCUACCGCCACCAGCCACCUCUUCUGAGGAUACAAUGACAAGCUAUAACGUUUCGGUCGAAAAACUUGUUUGUCACUGUCUUAACAUGUCAAGCGAAGAGAUCUCCCCUGAUGUUCCGCUCUCCGCUUACGGACUGGAUUCAGUCUCCGCGAGUCGGCUCUCUCUUGCACUCCGAUCUCUUUUAACCAUUACACAACUGCAGCUCCUUGGUGAUGUUAGCAUUGGAGACAUUUGCGCCCUAAUUGAGAAGAAGAAUGGCCACCGGCCUGGAGAGAAUGGGAGGUUGCAAGCACAGGGAGACUCCAUCUCCCCAAGGCUCUCCAUCAGUCCAGACUCCCAUAUAGAGGCCAUGCAUGCGAUGGUGCAAACCUAUGCUGGGAACUUCCCUCCAGUUUCGAAAAAGCGUACAACCUUACCCAUUGGUAAGGUUGUACUUGUCACCGGCACAACGGGUGGCUUAGGAUGUCAUAUCCUGGCGAGCUUGAUAUCCGAUCCCAGUGUACUACAUAUCUACGCUGUGAACCGUCUGGGAGACGUGCCUGUUGACGAAAGACAACGACAGGCAUUCCUGGAUCGUGACCUAUAUGUCGACAUGGGGAAGGUGACUAUGAUGGAGGUGGAUUUAUCUGUGGAUAUUCGGAUGUUUGACAAGCUCAUUGACUCAAUAACGCAUAUUAUUCACAUUGCGUGGCUCGUGGACUUCAAUAUGGGUCUGUCUUCGUACAAGGAUAACAUUCAGGGACUACGAAAUCUGAUUGACUUCGCCCUCGCCUCCCAAGCACGGCUCGUGUACGCAAGUUCCAUUGGAGUCUUUCAAAACGCUACAGAGGAUCACUCUCUUGCUGAGACCCACAUUGAUGCGGAAUUUGCACAAGGAAAUGGAUACGGCGAGUCGAAAUGGGUUUUAGAGGAACUCCUACGUUUAGCUCCCGGUUUACGGUAUCUCGUCGCUCGCAUUGGCCAGCUUACGGGUGAUUUGAAUGGUACCUGGAAAGUCAGCGAAUGGUUCCCUUCAGUUGUUCAAAGCGCUCCUUUCCUUGGAUGCCUUCCCAAUGACGAUAAGCCUGUAUCCUGGCUUCCGGUAAAUGUAGCUGCUCAAGCAAUUAUUGACCGUAUCGACAUUUCUUCCUCCAUCGUCCAUAUCGUACACCCGAAACCAGUCCAAUGGCCCCAACUAGCUCAUAUCGUUUCUAACGAGUUGAACAUCGAAUUGGUGCCUUACGCCGAGUGGUUCAAGUUGCUGGAAAAGUCCACUUUGGAUGCAGCAGCGCUGCCAGCUAUGCGACUUGUCUCGUACUAUAAAUACAACGGUGAGACGUUGCUGUGGAAGAAUAGCGAGGCAUUUGGGUUACCGAAAGUUUCGGCGGAGUUGGUGAAGACAGCAGACUUCCCGCAAUUAGAUGUUAAUGAAGUAAAGAAGUGGCUGGCUUAUUGGCGCAGGGUAGGCAUGAUAUAA